GGCAUGAUGGAAAGAUCAUAUGCCAGUGAAUUGCAGGAGGCAAUCUUCUUCUGUUUCGACCACAAAUGUUCUAGUCUUUGCAGAUUGACUGUGCUUGAGAAUGAUAUCUUGUGUUUUUGAAGUGAUUCAAGCGGUGAGCAGCAGAGCAAAUGGUCAAGUCGCUCCUCUCGUCUGUAGGAUUGAAAUGGAAGAUUUAUGGACUACAAGGUAGAAGAUACAGUUCGCCCUUUUUAAAUACGGCGUCGUUGUGGAAAGUGCACCAGCAGUAGAGGACACCGCGACACCGUUUAUAGGAAAGAUGAGCUGCGAGACGUCAUUUUUACCGUCUUCCCCGUCCAGCAAGCAUCGCAUAUAAAAAAGAAAAUGAUUAAAGGUCCUCUGCUCGCUCGCACUGUUUUCACACUGCGAAGCAAAGCAACCGAUUCUCCUUCUUCAGAUUAAGAUCAGAAUUCUGAUCAAUACUCGCAAAACAAGCAAGAUGGUGAUGGUUCGAAUCCGCAGCAGAGACGGGCUGGAACGCGUCUCCAUCGACAACCCAAACAUCACAGUUUCCCAACUCAAAACCCUAAUCCAAAACCAACUCCAAAUCCCUAUCCGCAGCCAAACCCUCUCUACCAACCAAAGCCUCCUCUUAGCCAAAUCACCCUCCGAUCUCCUCAAAUUCACUGACAUGUCCAACCCUGACACUCCUCUCUCUUCCCUAAGCAUCUCUCACGGUUCCCUUAUCUUCUUAGCCUACGAUGGAGAGAGAACUAUUGCCGGCCCCGCUGUUCGACCUGCUGGUUCUUUCGGCCGGAAGAUGACAAUCGACGAUCUUAUUGCCAAACAGAUGAGAGUCACCAGGCAAGAAAAUCCCCACUGCGAUUCUGUCUCGUUUGAUCGCGAUUGCGCUAAUGCGUUUCAGCAUUAUGUUAAUGAAACGCUCGCUUUUGCUGUUAAAAGAGGUGGGUUUAUGUACGGAACGGUGUCGGAGGAGGGGAAGGUUGAAGUCGAUUUCAUAUACGAGCCUCCGCAGCAGGGGACUGAAGAGGUUUUGAUGCUCUUGAGAGAUUCUGAUGAAGAAAAAUUAGUGGAGGCGAUUACGGCGUGUUUGGGAAUGAGGAGAGUGGGGUUUAUUUUUACGCAGACUAUAAUGCAGGACAAAAAGGAAUAUACGUUGUCGCAUAGGGAAGUUCUUCAGGCGGCGGAGCUGCAUGCUGAGAGUGAAUUGAAAGAGUGGGUUACUGCGGUGGUGAAGUUGGAGGUGAAUGAGGAUGGGGGAGCCGAUGUGCAUUUCGAGGCGUUUCAGAUGAGUGAUAUGUGUAUUAGGCUGUUUAAAGAAGGAUGGUUUGAGACGGAGAUUGGGGAAGAUGCCGAUCCUAAGUUGUCUAAAAUGAAGAAAGAUGUGGUUGUUGGUAGCAAGGAUGUUAAGGAGGUCGAUAAUGAUUUUUUCUUGGUCGUUGUCAAGAUUUUAGAUCACCUGGGCCCUCUUUCAUCAGCCUUCCCCAUUGAGAACAGGAUCACACAAGUGACAAUGAGAGCGUUGAGGAGUCAUCUGGACCGUACAAAGAAUCUUCCAUUUGUGAAGAGAAUUUCUGAUUUUCACCUCUUGCUAUUUCUGGCCAAGUUUCUGGACCUCAAUUCUGAUGUUCCGGCGUUAGCAGAUUGUGUGCUUGCACAGACAGCAGUACCAGAGGGUUAUCAGCUCCUAAUUGAGUCCAUGGCUAAUACUUGAUAUUGCUUGAAUGCCUGAUGGUUGGAUCAAUCCAUCGUCCCCUGUGAAAGUUUCAAUUAUACUACUUCCUGGUGUAUCAUAAUUUACAAUCUCUCUCUUAUAAAUUUAAAGUAUCUUCAUCCAUUGGUUUGAUAAUUUAUGUUUGGUGAAAUCAGGU